GUGCGUCUGCGGGUUUCCGGGUUUCCGAGCAGGAGCGAUAAAAGCAGCGGGGAGGAUGGCUCUGCUGGCCGGCCGGGACUGCGGAUAAACUUUUCCCUACUGACCGCAAACUGUUGAAAGUGGCCGCAGAACGCGCCCGGCGCCUUGUUGGACGCGCUGCGGCAUCUGAGAGGAGUCCUGCGGUGUGCGCUGACACUGACAGCCGGAAAGUAAACAGCUCCCGUGCUAACCGCGGCUAACUGCGGCUAGCGGCGCUAACGCUAGCCGGCUAACCUGCGCCCGUCCGCGGCGGCGCUCAGCCACAUCAGCGCCGAUCAUCCGCUCCGCCGGAGGACCGCCACGAACACACUCUCCAUUCAUGUUGUGUUUGAGGACGAGGCCGGCGAACCAGCGCGUGUCUGCGGCAGAGAGUCGGAGUGUGUGGACCCAGCGAGGCCAGUGAGGCCACCAGCCCCCCCCCCCACAGAGAGGUGCCAACACAGGGACAGGAUGCCCAUUCCUCCCCCUCCCCCUCCCCCCCCAGGACCCCCACCUCCCCCCACCUUCAGUCAGGCCAACACGACUCCUCCCAAGCUGAGCUCGUCGGAGGCCAAAGGCAGAGGAGCGCUGCUGUCCGACAUCUGCAAAGGCGCCAGGCUGAAGAAGGUCGGGGUCGUCAAUGACCGCAGCGCCCCCGUUCUCGAGAAGUCUGGAGGAGGAGGAGGAGGAGGAGGAGGAGGUGGUAACUUUGGAGGUGGAGGUCCAAUGGGGAUGGGCGGCCUUUUCCAGGGAGGUGUGCCAAAGCUCCGCCCAGUUGGAGAUGGAUCAGCGGGCGGCUCGGUGGGCCGGUCGGCCCUGCGGCCCCCCGGGUCCCGGUCGGCGGCCCCCCGCCCCCCGGUGGGCCGCUCCCCGUCCCCCACCCCGGCCAGCAAGCCCUCGCCGCCCGAGCACCAGCGCUCCCACCGGCCCUCGCUGCCCGACAUCUCCCGCCCCCCUCCCUCCGGCGGCGGCGGCUCCUCUGGCGGCGGCGGCAUGAAGCACAGCACCUCGGCGCCGCCGCCCCCUCCGCCCUUCAACCGGGGCGGGCGGAGCAACGCCCCCCCGGCCCCCCCAUCUCAGGGCAGGGAGAAGCCCUUCCUGCCCAUGCCGGGCCGGAACCCCGCCCCCCCCGCCGGCGCCAAGCCGCCGGCGCCGUCUUCCAGCAGGCCCCCGACCGGAGGCUCCGCCGCCCCCCCUCCGCCGCCGCCGCCCUACAGGCCGCACUCGGGGGGGGUCUCCAACGGGCCGUCCCACGUGGAUGGAGCGCCGGAGCUGCCGCAGCGCCACAACUCCCUGCACAAGAAGCAGAACUCCGCCGGCCCAGGGCGCAGCCACGCCCCCCCGCCCCCGCCCUCCCCGUCCCCCUCCGCCCAGCAGGGCAGCCGGCCGCCACCGCCCGCCAGGGAGCCGCCCGGACGCCGAGCAGCUCCUCAGGCGCCUUCUCUGGGCUCUCGCAACGGGGGCCGCGACGCCCCCCCUCCCCCGCCCCCGUACCGUGGCCACAGCUCCGCCGGGUCCGAGCCCCUGAGCCGGGCGGGCAAGCCGCCCCCCCCUCUGUCCUCCGCCUCCCUCUCCUCCUCCUCCUCCUCCUCCCGAACCCCGGCCGGACCUCCUCCUCCGCCCCCGCCCAUCCGCAACGGCCACACCUCCAGCUCCUCCUCCAGGUCCAUCAUCAUGGAUGAUUUUGAAUCGAAGUUUAACUUCCACCCGGUGGAGGAUCUCCCCCCCCCAGAGGAGUACCGGCCGUUCAGCAAGGUCUACCCCAGCAGGAACAACAAGGCCACGGUGAGAGGAGCUCCUCCGGCGCCGCCCGUCGGCAGGUGAGCGGCUCUCGGCUCAGGACAUGAACUCUGUGGCUGGACUGGACAGGCGGCGAAGAAGCACUCGAAUCACAAAUACACUCUCUCACACACACUUUCUCACACACACACACACACACACACACACACACACACACACUCUCUCUCUCUCUAACACUAAACCAGCAGCCAGAAGCACCGUGGUGAACUUUCCCACACUGCUCGGCGGUCACCUUCCGUCUUCCGCACGACAGACGAAGGACAAACCCGCUGAGAGGCGAGAGGAAGACUCCCGACAGAGCGCACUACUUAUCAGGACCAAGCCCCGCCCCCGCCACGCCCCCACCACGCCUCUGCAUUCCAGCUUCUGUUUUCAGGACCGUCUUUUCUUUUGCUUCUUUUUGAUACUCGUGGUGUCAUCAUUCCUUUGUGAGGGGAACCUGGAAGCCCCGCCCCCCCGUAGCGGGCGCCGUCGCCCACCUGGGGCUCGCCGGCGGCCGUUCCCUUCGUGAGCUUGGUUUUUGUCUUCAGCAGCCAUUCCAGCAGUGCCAGGCGAGGAUGCAGCUCCACUCGUCUCUGUCAGUGUGCCAAACGGGGGCGGAGUCACAUGACGCCUCACUCUCCUCCACUUUUACUCCUCUCAGAGGACGGGAGGUGUGUCCUGCUCCCUGGCCCCGCCCCCAGCCACGCCCCUCUGUGGUACGGAGGUGUUGUUUCCGUCAGCUGAUGUUGAGCUAAACCGAGACACUGUGCAGAAUGUUGGGGUGUGUAUGUGUGUGUGUGUGUGUGAGUGAAGAGGACCCGCUAUGCUCCGUUCGGUCUCACAUGUGGAACCGGUCCGGUUCCUCCAGGACUCCCUCACUCCAGCAUCCGGGCGUCUUAAAGGGGCGGAGUCACAAACCCUCCGAGCUGCUGCAGCGGAAUCGAACACGGCGCCCCGAACCUGAGCAUAGCGGGUCCUCCUCACCUCGUCCGCACGCCGUCCUGCUUGUGGCGGACUGCUUCACACAGCCAGCGCCGGGCCGGGCCGGGCCGCAGAGCCAGAGCUUUUAAAACGUGGUUUUCCUCUUAAAGCUCAGUAAUUGUCGGAUUUCUCUCCUCUACGUUUCGCUGCUCGGGGCGUUUAUAGAAACACAAGAAGCCAGUGUGACCAGAGAGUGGAGGGAGUUGAGUUUCUAUGCAAGAAGCAGUUUGUCAGGUAGCCGGUCGCAGCGAACCAAAAGGAGAAGAGAAGGACCACAUAAGUGCCAGAGAAGUGUGGAGGAGGAGAGACGGAGGCUCUUUACUUUAAUCUUUUUGAUAAAACGUUAAGCUUCUCUUUAAAACACUAAUGUUAUCAUGUUCUGCUUUAAGGCCAUGCAGGGAAAAUAAGAAAAUAAAUCAAUAAAAAUAAAACUAGGAGUGAAGAAGCUGAUUGAGGGAUUGUGGAUUCUCGGUGCUGCAGCGCCCCCUGCUGGCCUCUGCCUUACUGAAAUCGGUACCUGUGCAUCGAUGCUUGUGUUUAUCAGGGGACGGUGACGACAGCCAAGUUUAAAGGAGUCUAUUUGAAAAUGCAAUAAAUA